UAAAGAAGAACGCGUGCCGAAAGAAAUUACAUUUCUGGUCCAACGUAUGCCGAACGUUGACGUUAAUAAAGUGGCAUAAAUUAGACGAUAUCUUUGCACGCGAAAACUGUAUUACUAGAUCGUACGAAAAGUGUGCGCGUUUACUAUCGGCUCAAAAUUUUAUGACAAUUUAGGCGAAUAGUUUUCUCGUUUUCCCUUGGUCACGAUCAAACGUCAUAAGUGGAGAUUACUUAUCUUAGGCAUUGUGUACAGAAGAUAAAGGAAAUUCAAACGAUACAAAUAAUUGGUAUCGCUGUCGCUUUCGUGAUUUAUGCCAAGGGCUGCGAGAGGCCAACGCGCGACAGUGAUUUCCUGGAACAGUGAUUGUGAUUUCCACCUAGAUCGUGUUGUUAUGGCGUGUAUACGAUGUUUUGCCGUGUUACUUUUGAUUAUAGCGAGCAGUAAAUACCUCGAAGGUUCGACGAUUCCUGGUGAAAUCGAAAAUGUCGACGAUUAUCGUUCGUACAGGCUACCCGAGGAAAUCGUACCAAUUUCUUACGACCUUUGGAUAUUCACUCGAUUGGGUUUAAACGAUUUCGUUUAUCGAGGCUACGUGACGAUAAUGUUAAAAAUAAUUCAACCGACCAGCACCGUCGUGGUCCACAACGACGGUUUAACUAUACAGGAAGAAAAAUCGAAGCUCUGCUAUAGGACCGAUGGAGAAAAUAAAUUAGUUACCGUCCCAAUUGCCGAUCAGCUCUCCGAGAAAAAGAGGCAAUUUCACGUGCUGAAGUUACCAACGCGAUUGACACCCGGUGUCUACACGUUGGAACUCCACUUCGAAGGUGAAACGCGCGACGACGUGUUCGGAUUUUACAGGAGCUCCUACGUCAAGAACGGGGAAACGAAAUGGAUGGGGAUCACCCAAUUUUCACCUGUGUACGCGCGUCGCGCGUUUCCCUGUCUCGACGAGCCCCACUUGAAAGCAAUUUUCACCCUUCGUAUCGGUCACGUGGGAAACCAAUUGGUAACAAGUAACACUCACGUUGCAACUACGGCGGAAUAUAGCUACAGGAACAGCUCGAACUAUUACCUGACCACGUUCGAACCGACGCCGAGAAUGUCCACGUUCAUCGUUGGUUGGGCAGUCCAUGAUUUCGACCCGGAGACAUCGGCGGCCUUGCCGAGCUUCAAGAUAUGGACACGAGAGUCGAUGGAUCGACGCGGAUCCGUCGCGUUGAAUCAAGGUGUCUCGAUAUAUUCGUUUCUGAAGGACUAUUUCCGCGUCGAGAAUCCGGUGCCGAAGAUGGACCAGAUCGCGGUGCCCGACUUCAAUUUCAACGCGAUGGAAAACUGGGGGAUGAUCGCGUACAGGGAGUCCGUGGUCUUGCACGAGAAGGCCGUUACGCCGACGAGAUACGUGUUCAACGGUCUCGCCACGAUGGCUCACGAAUACGCUCACACCUGGUUCGGGAACUUGGUCACGCCGAUCUUCUGGAACGUGGCUUGGCUGAAAGAAGGAUUCGCUUCCUAUUUUCAGUACCGCGCUCUAUCCUUUUUGCAACCGAGUUGGGACACGAUGGACAAAUUCGUAGUCGACAUGCUGCAACCGGCGCUGCUUUUGGACUCUGCGAAUCACACCAGAGUCUUGAACGGUCGAAACGUGGGCAGUCCGAGCAGCGUCAAGGCUGUCUUGGAUUUCGUCUCUUAUAAAAAAGGGGCGUCGGUGAUACGUAUGCUCGCCCAUGCGAUUGGAGAUUCGACGUUUCAAAGUGGUUUACGAAGCUACUUGAAAGACAUAUCAUACGGAGCAGCUACACCGUACGAUCUGUACGAACACCUGCAGUCCGCCGCGAAUAAGUCUGGUCACCUACCAGCCGAUACGUCGAUCGAACGAAUAAUGGACUCUUGGACGAACCAAUCCUGUUUUCCUCUGGUAACUGUAACCCGAGAUUACGAGCAAAGGGAGGCUUCGAUAUCUCAAGAAACAUUUUGCCAAAACAUAGAUCGGUGCGACACGGACCGUAAAAUGGACAAGUGGUGGAUACCAUUGAAUUUUGCCACUAGAUCGUCGCUCGCCGACUUCUCUCGUACAGCCGCGAAGACUUGGCUGAAACCGAAAAGCGAAAGACUGAUCGUCGGACCGUUCGCGUCCGAGGAUUGGGUCGUCUUCAACGUUCAACAAGUCGGAUAUUAUCGAGUGAACUACGACGAAAAUAAUUGGCGAAUGCUCAUCGAUUAUUCGAGGUCGACAGAUUUUUCGAAGAUACACAAAGCGAACAGAGCGUCCCUGAUAGACGACGCUUUCAAUUUGGCCAAAAGCGGAUAUUUGGAUUACUCGAUUCCGCUCGAUCUCUCGGGUUACUUGGUCCAAGAGCUCGACUACGAACCCUGGCUCGCGGCUGUUAACAACUUUAGAUACUUGAGUAACAGGCUGAGGAGCGUGCCAGAAGUGCAUCGAGCUUUUCAAAGUCACGCGAAGCGUUUAUUGGACCCAAUCUACGACCGAUUAAGUUUCGUUGAGUCCGCGAACGAUGAUCUGGUGACGAAAUUACAACGCGAGCUAAUUCUAUCGACAUCCUGUUCGAUGCGGAACCCGCAUUGUUUAAAGAUGUCGCAAAAAUUGUUCGACAAGUGGAGAAUCAACGAACCGAUAUUGCAAGAUGUCAGAAGUCUCGUCUACUGCGAAGGCAUACGUAGCGGCAACGAUAAAGACUGGUACAAAAUGUUGGAAACAUGGCGGCAAACCGAUCUGCACACCGAGCAAGAAUUAUUGCUCCAAGCCCUUGGUUGCACCGGGAAGGCGCACUUGAUAGAUAAAUAUCUCGCGAUGACGCUAUCGGAGGGAUCGAGACUCCGCAAACAAUACAGGAUCGCCGUAAUCAACGGCGUUUUGGACGGGGACGCGCAGAACACUGAUCGUGUAUUACAAUACUUGAAACAGAAUUUACAAAAACUAAUCAACACGGAAGAUUACAUUUUUCUGGGCAAAGCGAUCGCAGCGAUCGGGGACUCGAUUACGUCGAAAGAACAAACGGAACAGUUACAAAAGUUUGUCGAAGAAAAUCUCGGGAAACUCGACGAAGUCUCGGCGACUGCGAAACAAGCCAUCGAUGUCUCUUCGGCAAACGUGCAAUGGACGCAGAAGUAUUCGCCCAAGAUUGCUGAACUUCUGAAUCAAAUAAAUUCUGUUCGAAAACAUAGUCAAGCCGAGAUCUAAUAAAAUUCUAUUCCGUAAUCGA